AAUAAGUACAGUAAAUAUAAAGAAAAUUAACAAACAACUUCUGGUGGCAGCCGUUAUCUACAUUCUACACCUUUACCAUUUAUUCUUUUUAAAAUUCAAUAACUUCUUCAUUAUAAAUUUGCGAUGGACGUGUAUAUAAAAAAUUGAUAAUAGAAAAAAAUAGUUCUAUCGAUUGAGUGAAGUGAAUUUCUGGAAUUCUUGGGUUGCUGUAAUUGGCACAAUGAUCAACAAAUGAAGGUGAUUUCUUCUUCUUCACCACAUUGGUUGAUUUGCAAUUACAACUAGUUGCUGAGCACAAGCUAAAAUCAUGCACAAGAAAAGCAAAUCAUGGCAAACAGGUCCAUCUGUGGAAGCUGUGGGAUGAAUAUGAAGAAAAAAAUAUCACCGCUUCUAAUUUCCUAAAAAAAUGUCAGUGUCGUCUUCCAAGCUUGCGGGUGAGGAUGGUGCAGCUGGCUUGUAGAUGUCUGAAUAUCCGUCUGCAUGUGCAAGAGACAGCUGACGCACUAGUGCAGGGUGUACCAAACCUUACACCAGAAGAAGGCCAACACCCUUUCUUCUUAAAGGGUGCAUUCUUGGUUACCUUGAGCUUAGGUGGCAUAACAGAGGGACAGAAGUUCUUAAUAAGCAGCUCCCGUGUUGGUGGCUGGACCAUCAAAGAGUGUCUCAACUGCCAUCUGUUAACACAUGCCACUCAGGGUGUCAGUGGACCAGUUGCUGCCAGUACCUCAUUAAUAAGUGAUCCCAGCAAGAUCCAGAUGUUACAGAGAAGUGAAGGCUACUCUCCUGUGUUUUGUAUGGUUCUACCCACUUCAUUAGAUAAUCGCCCACUGCCUCCUCUUUCACCCACUGAUUUUUACGACGAACGAUCACCCCAAACUGAAGAAGCUCUUUGUGUCAUUCAGCAACAGGUGUCAAGGUUCCUCAAGAAGGCAGAAUCACAAGUUGAAACAUACAUCCGUACAUACACAGACCAGCAGCAGGCAGCUCUUCAUGCUCUCCAGGCACGGGCCCGCAGGGACAGACAGACAAUCAUAAGACUUCUUGCUAAUAUGCAGGCAAGCUUAGAAUCACAAGGUGAAGAUGAUCCUUUAGCCACUUUUGAGAUGGAUGGAGCCAGUGGCAAUGUGAGAAGAAUGGACUUCUUCAAUGUGAAGGAAAAAUCUGACAAGACGGAAGAAUUAGAUGAACUUGAUGAUGACACUGAAGGAAUUCAGGAUGAACCUGAUGUUGCGCUGCCACCACUGGUCAGCAUCCAGAACAGGGCCUCACAGCCUUUGAGUAUGAACCCAGUUCAAGGAAUAACAGGAGGGAUGCGUAACAUGAGGCUGUCAUCUUCUGUUGCAGUACCAAGAAUGAAGCCACAGGGAAAUGUUCGUGUAGCUCAGUCUCUAGAUGUGGAAGGUGAGUACAGUCGGGGUCCACCAUUGUUAUGUGUUCGUAUUGUGCAACUCAGAUGCUAA